AUGAUACAGACUCAGAUGAACCUCGGACAAUCAAUACAGACGACUUGCAAGCAGUGCGGUAUGGAAUACGUGCUCAGCUCGGCCGAGGAUCGAAAUCUCCACGCGAAGUUCCACAAGCAGAAUAGCGAGGGAGUGGAAGUUGGAGCUUCUUUCGUGGAUGGUACUGAAGCACAUAAGCAGUUCGUCGGAGUUGCCAAACGGCCAGCAGACGCUGUCAUUGUGGUAGACUCCUCCGACAAGAAGACGCGCCAGAAGAAAAGCCAAGCGGUGCUGGAAGUCGUACAGCGAGAACUCGGCGCUGUUUCAAUUCCCGAGGCGGAUGUCUGGGAGAAGCCGAAAGAUGCUGCGUCUGAUUCGGAACCACAAUAUCACUCGUACCUCUAUGUUCGGGAAGGGAAGUGUAUCGGCUACCUGCUCACCCAGAGCAUCGCAGAGGCAUACACCGUCCUUGCCAAAGAGCAGGCGGAAGAGACGAAGCGGAAGAGGUUGGAGCACGCGGCUCGUCAGCCAAUUUGUCUUUCGAAGACGAGAGUUCCGGUUGUGCUUGGGAUAUCGCGAAUAUGGACUUCGCCGAUGCAUCGUGGGCAGGGAAUUGCUAUGGCGCUGUUGGAUACGGCUGUUGAGGGAUACAAUGCUCAUUUCGGAGCGAGUCGAAGCAAAACGCAAGUCGCUUUCAGCCAGCCGACAGAAAGCGGAGCAAAACUCGCCAGGAAAUGGACAGGCAGACUAUUCGGCUGGAGUGUAUACGUGGACUGA